UGAAGUUGAGCAAGUUCCGGCGUGCUCAUUAGAACCUUCUUUCGAAGACGGAAGUCAUGUGUGGGAUCCCCCACAGGUGUUCCAGGGCCACGAGAAUCACUGCCCACCGAGGGUGCUCUCGAAGUGGAAGCCGCUCGCGAAAGCGAUGGAGCUGGACGUGGUACGGGGGUUCCAGGCACGCCGGGAGUCCGCGGGGGACGAGUACCAGGCGCAGGUGUAGCGACGCCACUUCGGUUUCUGCUGAUGAUAUUCGUAAGUUCUGCCUUGAACUUCUCGCGUUCUGUCAGGGAGGCUGGUUGAGGCGACGUGAACGUGAAGUUGUGACCCGCGUCAUCCGACACUAAUCCCAGCUUCAGCCUAACCUGAGCGGCACCUUCUUUGCUGCAAAACAAAGCUUUAUACGCUUAUUGUCAACAUUCCGACUAUGUUUAUGAAACAAAGGCACCGACUGACAUGCAGCCUCAACGAGCGGAACUUUGACAGAUGGUGCUUUCUUUCCAUCUUGUGUCCAUUGUAGAUGAGUACUUUGCAGAUGGUAGCGGUACUUGUGGAAGGCAUGUCUGGCUCCUGCGAGCGCGUCGAGGGAUGUUAUGUUAGUGAGCGCUUCACAAACUAUUGCUUCUCAUCCUCGGCCAAGUGACUCGAGUGCGGAUAUGGAUCUAAAGGUCGAAAGACAGUUGAUCGUCUUCGACUUCGACUGGUCUCUGGCAGAUCAGGACUCUGAUAGAUGGAUUUUUGAAGUUCUUGCGCCAGACUUACGAAGAAAAAUGAAAACUCUCAAGGAUGAAGUCCAAUGGACUGAUCUGGUUGCAUCCUCUCUUCGCGAGUUACACGCUCGAGGAACGCCUAGAGAGAGCAUUGAGGAUGCCCUCAAAACUAUGCCUUUCCAUCCUGCCAUGACUCGAGCCGUAAAAACGCUGAAGGCCAAGGUUAACCCCGAAACAAAGUUUCUCUGUCUUUCCAACGCCAACUCCGUAUUCAUUCCUACUAUUCUCAAGGAGAAAGGUCUCGAAGACUUAUUCGAGGAGAUCACCACCAAUCCCGCAGAAUGGGAUCCUUCUGGCCUACUAAAGCUUCGGCGGAGAAUCGAUCCAUCCGGUCCCCAACACAAUUGCAAAGUUGGUUGCAGCCCGAAUAUGUGUAAAGGCGAGGAAUUGGAUUCAUUUCUUGCACGUCAUCUGCCAGCUUUUGAUCGCGUCGUUUAUAUUGGUGACGGUUCAAACGAUUUCUGUCCAAUACUUCGCUUGCGGAGCUCGGAUGUGGUACUCUGUAGACGCUACCGUGGGUUACAAGGCCGCAUUGAACGCGAAGGCAAAACGGCAGGCCUGAAGGCACACGUUCACUAUUGGGCAGGUGCUUGGGAAGUCGAAGAGUUGUUCCAACAGCUCUGAUGCGAUGAGCAGCGUUGUCCCAAAUAGUCCAAUAUCUGCACCGUUUAUCCGAGAUAUGUUCGGGGGCAUUACAAUAGAUACAGCGAAGAGCCUUGUGAUUGGUUGAGAU